CGUGAAACGGGUUUCGAGACUUUACUGGGCUCCAAGCCCAGAAGGCGAAGUCAUUCUAUGCCUUCGGAACUUCUUCUUCUUCUUCUUCUUCUUCUUCCUCUCCAAAUUUCUCAUCUUUUUGUACGCCGGCGCACGGCGAGGAGAGCAGGGGAGCUUUUCCGAAUCAUGAGAUGAAAGAAUGAUACUGGUGCUAAAGACUUGCUAUCUUCUUCAUCAUGGUCGAGUUCCCCAAAUCUCUGUCUCCCAAACGAGUCCUCAAACUCCUCAAGGCAGAGAAGAAUUUGAGCUCGGCACUAGCUCUAUUCGACUCAGCGAGUCUCCAUCCGGGUUAUUCGCACUCAGCAGAUGUGUUUCACCACAUUCUUCGCCGGCUUGUGGACUCCCGAUGCGUUGCCCACGUUACUCGAAUCGUCCAACUCAUUGAAACCCAGAAGUGCAAAUGCCCUGAAGAUGUUGCCUUGACGGUAAUCAAAGCGUUUGCCAAAAAUUCAAUGCCCGAUAAAGCAUUGUGUGUCUUUCAACGAAUACGGGACAUCUUUGGCUGUGAGCCCGGGAUUAGAUCCUACAAUACUUUGCUAAAUGCUUUCGUUGAGUCGAGGCAUUGGGAACGAGCAGAGUCGUUUUUCAAGUAUAUUGAAACAGUGGGUGUAAAACCAAAUUUGCAGACGUAUAAUAUUUUGAUUAAGAUUGCGUGCAAGAAAAAGCAGUUUGAGAAGGCGAAGAGGCUGUUGGAGAUGAUGUGGAAGAUGGGUUUUAAGCCUAACGUGUUAAGUUAUGGGACAGUUAUCAAUGAGCUUGCAAAAGGUGGUAAUGUGGAGGAUGCAAUGGAGGUGUUCGACGAAAUGCCCGAGAAAGGGGUAAUGCCUGAUGUUAUGUGUUAUAACAUUUUGAUUGAUGGGUUUUUCAAGCAACGUGAUUAUGUUAGGGCAAAUGAGGUUUGGCAGAGAUUGCUGAAGACAUCUUCUGUUUACCCAAAUGUGGUUACUUAUAAUGUUAUGAUUAAUGGUUUGUGCAAAUGUGGGAGGUUUGAAGAGUGUUUGGAAAUAUGGGAUAGGAUGAAAAAGAAUGAUAGAGAGAAGGAUUUGUUCACAUAUUCUAGUCUGAUAAAUGGAUUGAGCAAGAUGGGGAAUUUUCAGGGGGCUGAGAGGGUUUACACAGAGAUGGUCGAGAGAGGAGUAGCACCUGAUGUGGUUACUUACAAUUCAAUGCUUAAUGGAUUCUGCCAAUCAGGAAAGAUAAAAGAAUGUUUUGAAUUGUGGGAGGUGAUGGGGAAGGAGGGUUUUCUAAAUGUUGUGAGUUAUAACAUAUUAAUCAAAGGCUUGUUAGAGAAUGGGAAGAUGGAGAAAGCAAUAUCUAUAUGGGAGCUCAUGUCUGUUAACUGCUGCAAACCUGAUUCCACAAGUUAUGGAGUUUUAAUUCAUGGAUUGUGUAAGAAUGGGUACUUGAACAGGUCUUUACAGGUUUUGAAAGAGGCAGAACUUAGCGGAGGUGAACCGCAAACCUUUGCAUAUUCCUCAAUGAUUAAUGUUUUAUGCAAGGAAGGGAGAUUUGAUGAAGCGGCUGGGUUCAUUGGUCGGAUAAUUAAGUUUGGUUGUAAACUUACUCUUCAUGUCUUCAACUCAAUGAUUAAUGGGUUUAUCCAAGCGUCCAGACUUGAUGAUGCUGUUUGCUUUUUCAGGGAAAUGGACGCCAGGGGUUGCUCUCCUUCUAUAGUUUCCUAUAACAUUAUCAUUAACGGUUUAUGUAAAGCAGAAAUGUUUAGUGAGGCAUAUCUUUUUUUGAAGGAAAUGGUAGAAAAAGGAUUGGAGCCUGACAUGAUCACAUAUAGCAUGUUAAUGGAUGGUCUUUGUAAAGGCGAGAAGGUUGACAUGGCCCUCAACCUAUGGCACCAUGUUCUCAACAAGGGUUUUAAGCCUGAUGUAACCAUGCACAACAUUGUCAUUCAUGGGCUUUGUUCUGUAGGCAAAGUUGAUGAUGCUUUAGAGCUCCAUUCAAAGAUGAGGCAGUGGAACUGUACCCCAAAUCUUGUGACCCUCAAUACCAUCAUGGAAGGGCUUUACAAAGCCAGACAAUGUGAAAAGGCAUUAGAGAUUUGGACCCAAAUAUCAAGAGACGGGCUACAACCAGAUAUUGUUUCAUAUAAUAUCACUCUUAAAGGGCUUUGUUCAUGUGGUAGAGUCUUAGAUGCAUUUAGAUUCUUAGAUGAUGCUGUAGAGCAUGGAAUUCCCCCGACGUUCAUUACAUGGGACAUUCUCGUCAGGGCAGUGCUAAACAACGGGGCUUCAACAGGACCUUUGGGAGGUUAGAUUGCCAUAGAAGUAAGCUCUCUGGUAUUUCUGGCUUUAAUCUGUGUGAGAAUUAUACUCCUCUAGUUAGGAGUUCCAACGUUGGCCAACUCCACAUAGCUUCAAAAGAAUCCUAGGGAGUUGUAGUCUUGAGCUACCUAUAUGGAUGCUGAGAUCUUUACUCUGUUCUGAAAUUAAGUAUUGGUAUCCUAGUACAUUUGAAGCAGAUACUGGAUUGGGACAUGAAGAUGAUUUGUUAGAAAAGCAGUUCUUUGAAAGUGAUUGAGGCUGGAUUUAUUAUGUUCAGAGUUUAGGUAUCACAAAACCAACUCAGGGUCACCUAUUUAGCCAAAGCCUCGGAUAGCAGUGUCUGUUCGUGGACAAACUGAGUAAAUAAAGCAACUAAAAUUGCUCCAAGAACCGCAACUUUUCUCCAAUCAGGCGAUGUGAUGAAAGAAUCAGCAAUUCCAACGACUAGCAGUGCCAUUAAAGCGAGGUAAAUGUUCCUUCUGAUUUUCGACCCUGCAGUUUCUUUAAUAACCUCCUUUAUCUUCUCCAUAUCUUCUUUUGCUUUUGCCUUAUCCACAGGCUUUCUCUUCUUCUCCCCCAGGUUCUUAAAGAACAGCCCUUCAUUCCUAUCUCUCUCAAUUUGACCUUCGAAUCGUGCUAACUUACUUUC